AAGGACUGUGGUAAAAGUGUCGACAUACGAGGACUAGAUUCAUGGCCAUGGGCCACGACGCCGUUUUCCGCUUGUCUCUGGUGUGGUUGGCUGCAGUAGUGGUGUUGGUAGGACUUUACACACAAUCUUUCAAGAAAAUGGUGGCCACUUACCUCUUUGGAAUGUUUGCAAUAUGUGGUGUGCUUUUGCCAGAUUGGGAGUUCUUCGACCGCGGUGUCUCCCAGUGGUGCUCUCCCCUUCAAGUGGAGAAGAUGGGCUCUCAAUCUCGUUCUGCUCUCCGACCAACAACACCCACAAGGUUUAGGAUCUACCCUAUCAGAAUGGCUGUGUACACUGUGGUUUACGGAAUUGCUCUUCACAAGUGGUGGAUGUUCAUAUCUAACUAA